AUGGAUCACUCGCACAUGGGCCAUGGCGGUAUGGAUCACGGUGGGAUGGACCACGGCGACGGGCAGUGUGUAACAAACAUGCUGUUUACAUGGUCAUCCAAAAACGUCUGCGUUGUCUUUCCUGAAUGGCGCAUCACCGGCACUGGCUCUCUCAUCGCCUCCCUCCUCGCUAUCAUCCUCCUCACGGCCGCCUACGAAGCUGUCCGAAGCUUUACACGCAUCUAUGAAGCAAACCACACCCAACGCCUGAGGGCAUACUCCUCAACUGUCGUGACCGGUAUGUUUUUUCCUCUCCUCUCUCAUAUGUCCUGGGUUUUCUUUUCCCCCCGCCAGCCUAUUGCUGAAGCUCGGGCGUCUUUGCAAGACAAUGAGAACAUUCAACAAUCCGUGGACGACGCCGAGACAGGUCGAUCCGGAGGUCUUUCGAACUUCACCAGCUCACUGCUUGUAGGCAGGGACAGCAAGCAAGCGCUGGAGCAGCGAGGCAAGAUAGUAAUGGCCCUGUUGCUUCUUUUCAUGACAUACAACGGCUGGAUUAUGCUUGCCGUAGCUGUUGGCGCGUUCGUUGGAUAUUUGGUCUUUGGAGGCGGCUCGUCUGCAACAAAGUCGGCAGCUUGUCACUAA